AUGCUCGCCCUGCCACGGUCGAGCCGAGCCACCUUUGCCAGCGUUCUGGAAAAACAGCAGGCCACCAUAAAGGCCGCCAACGUUAAGCGCGAGCGCUACUCUACAAGAAUGCAUACCAAGGCGUGGUGGAGACAUGGCCAAAGACGUGGGGGCUUGGGUUUCCAACUUUCCAAUGUUACUUACUCGAUAUGGUCCACGUUGAGGCCGCACUGA